AUGCCUGAGGAAGAAUCAUUUCAGGUGAGAUCUUUACACUCUAAGCACAGUUGUGGUCGGAAAUACAGAAAUACAAUAGUCAACUCCACUUGGAUUGCGAACAAGCUAAUUGACAAGUUUAGGGUUCAGCCCAACAUGCCUUUGGAAGUAAUCCAACAUGAAGUGAAAGACAAAUGGCGUGUGGAUGUCAAUCCAACUAUGAUGUACAGAGCUAGGAGGAAGGCCAAGCAAAAGUUAUAUGGGAAUCUUGAGGGCCAAUAUCGGAGGUUGUGGGACUAUUGUGAAACAUUGAGGCAUACUAACAGUGGAAGCUGUGUUCUGAUGAAAGGCUUUCUAGAGGGUUGCCGGCCUUUCAUAGGGGUAGAUGGGUGCUUCCUAAAAGGACCAUUCAAGGGCCAACUCCUGUCUGCAGUUGGAAGAGAUGAGAACAACAUGUAUCCAAUUGCUUUCGCGGUUGUCGAAGCUGAGACGAAAGACAGUUGGAUUUGGUUCCUUGAAACACUCAUUUCUGAUCCUGGUACCUAUGCUAGGCAUGCUAGGCCUACAUUCAUUUCAGAUCGGCAGAAGGUCUUAUGCCUGCUUUUGAGGUUGUUGUGCCAAUGGCUGAUCAUAGGAUAUGUGUUAGGCAUCUAUAUGCCAACUUUAGAGACAUUUGGGGGGCAUCGAGGGUUGGCAUUGAAGGAACAAUUAUGGGCUGCAGCGUCUUCAUACACAGAAUAUGCUUUCAAUGAUCAUAUGGAAGAGUUGAAGAAAAUGAACACAAACGCCUAUGAGUAUUUGAGUAAUGUUGACCCUAGCGGGUGGUGUAGGGCAUGGUUUAGUGACUACUCAAAAUGCGACCUACUAGUGAACAACAUCUAUGAGUGUUUCAACUCAUACAUUUUAAAGGCUCGUGACAAGCCCAUAUUGACGAUGUUGGAGAUGAUAGGGAAGAAGCUGAUGAGAAGAUAUCAAGCUAAGAGGGAAGGGAUAGAGAAAUUGAUUGGGAAGUUAUGCCCUAGGAUUGCUACAAAGUUGGAAGCAAUUGGGUUGGAAGCAGUGAAUUGCAUUGCGCAGUAUGCUGGUGAUUCAAUGUUUGAAGUUACUUGUUUGGAUAAUAGACAAUUUGUCGUAGACCUCAGUAGAAUGAGGUGUGGUUGCAGGCAGUGGGAACUUACUGGAAUUCCAUGUCCCCAUGCAGUGGCCGCUAUACUUUAUGAUUGUGGGGAUCCAGAGGAUUAUGUUGAUGAAUGCUUUACUAUAGCAGUGUACAAGAAAGCAUAUGCUCCAAUUAUAUAUCCAAUGCCUAGUGAGGAACAGUGGAUCAAAACGAGUCAUGAUAAAUUGGAGCCUCCGAUAGGCCGAGUUGCUCCUGGUAGGCCAAAGAAGCAAAGGAAAAGGGGUCUGGAUAAGAGUAAAGACCCCAAAAAUCCAGACCGGAUGAGAAAAUUUGGAGCUAGAAUGAAAUGUGGGAAGUGUAAUGGCGUUGGUCACAAUAAAAGGUCAUGUCCAACGAAUAGAAGUGAAACAUCCAACAGCAGGAUAGUGUUAUGUGUGCAGUCACAAAGGGUUGGUUCAAGGACACCUAAAGUGACCAAAGGCAAACAAAAGGUUGGGGAGAAAAGGGGUCAGCCGACAAAUGGUGGUGGACUAUGUGGUCCACAACAAAAAUCUACAGUUUUUAAGCAUAUAAAGAAGAAGGGCAUAUCCAACAGGAAAGCGGCUACAAGUGUUGGUGGUGCACAUUCCAAGAGGAAGGUAAUCAACAUCCCACAACUUGUUGAUGAGCGAGACCACACACCGCCCCCUGGAUUUGGUUAUGAAAGAAGAUAA